CUCUGACUCAGGCUGUAUUGAUACUUUCAUACUAUAGUGUGACUGUUGGUGUCGAUUAUUUGUCUGCUGGUUGAGUGUUUUGGAAUUCUCAGGUUUAGUUGUAAAACAUUAUACCUGAACCUGAAUCCUCCAAAACUUAUAGCCUGUAAUCAAAUUAGUUGUUUUCUCUUAGCGACUACAAGUAUAUAAAUCGUUUUGUUAUUAAUUAAUACGUCUACACACAAUCUUCAAAUUUAUUUAUAUUUUGGACAAGAUUUACUAACAAAAUCAUGCCGCUUACUAACGAUGUGAGCAUACUAGAAUUUUAUGGAGAAAACGAAAGAUAUAGAUGUGGUUAUUGUAAGUCUUCUGACACUAAUUACAGUGAUGGAAUGUGGGCACACGGCUUGACUGUUCAGGACUACCAGGACUUGAUAGAUCGAGGAUGGAGACGAAGUGGGUGUUACUGUUAUAAACCGACCAUGCACCUUACUUGCUGUCCAAUGUACACUAUAAAGUAA